GCCACAACCGCAUCAAAAUGGUGGCUUCCUGAGACGCGGUCGACGCGGUUCGUUGCUGGGUGCGUUGGGGAAGAUGUUUGGUCGCUGAGUGCUUUUCAUUUCGGCGUCUUUUUUUUCUUUCCACCCUUCCAGCGCAGCUUUAUAUUACCUCAUUCGCGGCCAGCCCACCCCCAAGCACGGCUUCCUUCCCGAGUUCCGAAACGCGUUGCAGCCUCAAAUGCUCGGGUUUUCAAACCCUCGGCGCUGCGAACCUCCUCCUCCAUUGCGUACCUCGAGGAACGUCGUCUUCGAGUUGGAUAGGUAGGAGAGACCGCCGCUCGGUGCGGUACCAAAGACUACCUCCGACAUGGAGCAGACCGAGAAAAACGUGGAUACCCUGUUCGGCAUGGGCUUUCUGGACGUUGAAGAGAUCCGAAGCGCACUUCGUAUGAGCAGCAACGACCUCAACGAAGCCGUGGCCAUUCUGACGAACGAGAGGUACUCUGGCUACCCGACAGCAGUCGACGACGUCGAGAUGAAAGACGUGACUUCGACGGCGCUGGUGCCCACGGCGGCGGCGGCCCCGCCGCCGCCUUAUGCGUCCCUUCCUGAUGCCAAGCCCUGUUCUCCGAAGCCGGAGGAACUGGGCGGCCUGCACUUCCCGACGACCAACCUGUACGAGCUGGAGCAGAGGGUCUUUCUGGACCAGUGGUCCAUCCCGUACAAGAAGGACGAGUCCUUGGCCAAGUGCCUUGUCGCAGCGACCAACCUCGCGCGCGAAGGUCAGUGUGAAUCAAAUGCCGACUGCAAGAACUUCAUGGAGUCCUGCAUGCCCGAGUCCUUCAAGAAGCUCCUGACGACGCUGGCGGUUCGCAACUGGACUCCAGAUGUGCAAGAGGGCGUCUACAACAUGCUUAUGCUCCUCAUCGAGCUUGUGGUGGAGAGGCUGAGUCAUCCUCCCCUCCCCGAAAAGCUCCUCUCCAACGUUCUGUCUAUGGCUUUUGACCCGGACUGCGAAUUCCACAUCAAGAACAAGAAUCGUUCGAGCUCCCUUGAACAAGGGCUGACUGUCUAUGCAAAGUCUAAGGGCUCUCUGGAUCCUCAUGGCUGGCUGUUGGACAUCAUCAAUAAGUUUGGUGGGCGUGGUGGCUUUGACAAAAUACGGGACAAGUUUGCGGAAAGUCUGACGGCAAAUGAAAUGGCUGCGCUCUUACAGCCCCUGGCAACGUGCGCCCAGUUCCUCAAUCCCGAGACGACGUGUUCUUUGCUUUCCCCGUGCAUGAGCAAGGCUAUGGGCUACAUCAAGGGACUCACCGACGAAGACCUCAAGAACAAGAACAUUGGCUCUGUGACGGAGCUACUGAAAGCUGUGAAGAUGCUGUGUGUCUACCUGUGGCCGCAAGAGAUUGCCACCACCAGCUCCCUCUGCCUGGACGUCAUACUCAGGAUGCUGCGGUGCUCCCACUUCAACGCCAGAAUGAACGGACUCAAAGAGCUGGUGAAGCUCAUCGAGGGCUGCUCAUCAUCAAACUCCUCGAAAGCUACCAUUCAGUCGGAGCAGCUUCUAGACUGGCUUGCUGAGAACAAUGUCCUGUCCAUCACGCUAGAGAGCAACAUUGACCAGGCACAGUACAUGGAGAAGAUCAAGGGAAUCAUCGAAUUUAUCGGGCCACGCCUAUCGCUCGAAGAAUUGACCAAGAUUUGGGCGAUGCAGGAUCGUCAGAACUGUCAGGUUGUGGACAACAUUCAUGGCAUUAUGGCCGCAGCAUCCACCAAGUUCACCCAGCAGCAGUUUGAGCACCUAAUUGCUCUCAUCAGCAAGGCCUGGCGCAACGGCAGCGACAUUACGUGGAAACGGCUGCUCGCAUUCAUCGGGAAGCUGGGCAAAGAGAGCAACCAAGGCAAGGUCUCCACCAAACUACUCGACCUGCUCUGGGAACUCUCUCACUCGUCGACGUUGCCCAAGACUCACGUCGAGCAAGCCGUCGAGGAAUUCUUCAAUAUCCUGUCGGAGAUGAGCAACCGGGACCAGGUCCGGAAGCAGUACAUCUCACGCUGCAUUGACGACGUCAAGAAGAACAACUGGGUGAUCCCGGCGCUGAAGCUGCUUCGGAACGUGAGCGGCAGCAACCAGAAAGUCAGCUACUACAAGCAGGACAAGUCCAUUUUCAACGAACUGAGCCGCAGCCAGGACAUUGUGAAGCUGAUUUCGUCGAGCCUGUCCCAGUGUCACAAGGAAGCGGUCAAGCUGGCCCGCGGAAAAUCUCUCCUGCCCCAUGUCUUGGUUGACGGCGUCUACACCCACCAGGAGCACGUCAUGACGUACCUGGACUUCCUGCAGUUCCUGCUCAAGGACGGCUCCCAGUAUCUCCAGUGGAACAGGGCCAAGGAGAUCUGGGACACCCUGGUAGCCAACCCAGACGCCUGCAACCCGGACCGAGAGAUGUGCUUUGAGUGGUUCGAAAAGUGCCUUCAGGAUCUCGAAGCAGAAACUCAGUCUCUGCUGUUUCAACAAAAGUUGCUGAAGAUGGAUCCUUCCCAGAUCACCUCGCAAGCAUUUUCCUGCUUCAAGACUUACUUCGAGCACGUCAACACGCACGAGGGCAAGCUGAAGAAGCGGGGAGGCAUCACCAUUGUGGAGAGGCUGGAGCUGACCGGGCUAGAUUUCCUCUGGCAGAUUUCGUUGGCCGCCCCAGAGGAGGAGAUUGCGGAACUCGCCAUCGACUUCAUCCUCGACCUUUCGUACAAGUUUCUCUCUCCGAAGCUCAAAAAGGACGUCGUUUCUCUUCAUCAUCGCUUCAUCAACGAAUGCUACAAUCGAUUGAAGGCUGUCGCCGAGACAAUCGGAGACACCGCAAUGACGACGGCGGUGUCGAACGCGACAAAGACGCUCACGGCAAUGGCAGUGUCGGAGGCCAUCUCUCUUUCCCUUCCAAAACGGACCAACCGGUCCCAGAACAUCUGUCGUCUGCUCCACCUUGCGGAGCGCUACAUCUCAUCCAUCGAGGACCAGCACUCUGUGCCUCGAGUCAUCCUUCCCCACGGCGCAUCGUUUUACGGCUUCCCAGUCAGCCUAUGCAUCGUCAGUGACAGUCUCAAAGAUGAAGUAAAGAUCAGGUGCCACAGUAACUCUAGCAUUGGCUCGAUGAAGGAGAAGGUAGCCCGCUUGUUCAAGCAGCUGCCGGGGAACCUGCAAAUCUCGAUGGACGACACUCCGCUUCCGUGUACUGAAGACCAAAAGCGUCUGUCACAGUUCAAGUUGAAAGAGAACCAAGUCGUCCACGUCAAGGUGGUGGGAAGUGGUCUGGUGCUGCCUUCACAAAUCGAAGAGGAUGCGGUGGUACCGCCGCCCUCCGCCCAGGCGUCUGCAAUGGCGGCCGCAACGGCAUCCCCGUCGGCUGGGCAGCAGCCUUCAUUCUACCUUGAGCAGGAGAAGCAACUUCCCGGCGUGGUUAUCUCCAGCGGCGGCAACGUCUUCGAGAUGCUGUACCAGCUGGCCAGCAUGGAUGAUCCCAGGAUUGCAGAGCAAGUUCAGACGCUGCUGCAUCUCAUCCCCCCCGACCCUGCCGUUAUCGACUCGCUCGACCAAAUGUGCACCAAGACGUCUUCGGCGGCAAACUCCUCCGACGCUCAUCCCGCUCCCUCGAAGCUGUCGGGCAGCCCCAAGAAGAGCGGGUCGCCCGCUCCCAGGGACAAACCGGAAGGCCCGGACGUCGUCCUCAAGCGACUCCUUGAGCCGACGUCUCGCAAUCUGUCUCCCUUUCGCCUUCUCUACAACUUGCAAGUGCUGAGUGCCAAGCUGAUGCCGGCCAAUCAGGAUGCCUGUUCCAAUGUGUUCUGCGAGAACUUCCUCAAGGUUGGCGGGCUUUCCCACGUGCUCCGGGUGCUGCACAGGGACGCCUUUCCCCCGGAGGUCGACAGCGGCGUGCGGCAGGGGUGCUACUUCACCGCCCUGCAGAUCACCAGGUUCCUGAUCUGCGGCCAGAAUGUGCCGCACGCCCUGCAGAGCUCGUCCGCGUGCCAGGCACUGUCAAUGAGCGCCACACCGUCGCCGGUGAAGCCCACCACCCCCAAGAAGCUGCAGGUGGAUCUGGUGUUGGCUCCGGCCGUCUCCAUGGCGACGCCCAUCAUCAAGACAAUGGAGCGGCCUGCCCUGGAGGAGGUGGUGGACUGCCUGGUGCGUGUGGCGUGGGCCUCUGCCGCCGGACAGCUCCGCCUCGCCAAUUCGCCGCUGCCCGCCAAGGAGGGCACCCAGUUUGCCUCCGGCACUGGACGACGCAGCCGACAAAGCAGCACGGGCAGCGCCACGAGCAGCGGCAGCGACGGCGAGAACUCGUCUGGGCUGCAUGGUGGCAUCUGCGUGGCGCAGAGCUCGGUGGACCGCCGCGACGUGCUGCUCUCCCAGGAGGCUCUUGGCGUCCUCUUCUGCUGCCUCGAGCUCAGGGAGGACGUUUCGGCCCGGUUCUGCGAGCUUCCCUGCGUCAAGGACUUCAUCCUGGACGUGCUGCUGGGUUCGGGCAGCGGGGACGUGCGUGCCACGGCCCGGGACGGACUUCACCGGCUCAGCCGUACCGCCUCAUCCAUGCGGCCGUUUCUACUCGAGGUGCUUCUCAAGGCACACCUGCCACUCUGGGUGUCGUGCAGCUGCACCCGGGGAGUCAACCAGAGGUUGCUGGGACAGUGCGUUGAGUACUUCGAACUGGCGUGUCGGCUGCUCGCUGAUUCCAAGGACGACACCAGGGGUCUUCCGGUGGACGUUUCCCAAAUGCUGGAGGACGAGAUUGCCUGGCUGCACAGCUUUUCGCCUUCGGAGAGCCAGCGAGACCAGAGCACAGACUGCACGCUCAUGACUGGCCACUUCAACCUCAUCCGCACCCUCAUCGCCUGCAACGAAGACAAGAAGGCCGAAGUCGGCUCGAGCCUGGUCGAAGGCCUUCUGGGCUCUUACCUGUUCCCAGCCUCGAACCUCAUUGAGAAAGGGGCCAAGCAUGAGACAUUCGACAACCUCAAACCCAAGUGCUCCAUGCCCGAGCCCCGUGCGGCUGCGUUCAGCAUCCUCGUGGAGCUUGCAAAGUGUUGCCCGACCAACCUGGAGAGGAUCGUCGGCUGGCUGACCGACAAGCACCACCGGCUGACCUCCGAGCUCGUCAAGGAGUUUGAGUACGAACCGCUGAUAGCCGGCCGAGCGGAAAGCGGCUACGUGGGGCUGAAGAAUGCAGGGGCCACCUGCUACAUGAACUCGGUGCUGCAACAGCUCUUCAUGCAACCGGGACUGCAGGAGGCCAUGCUGUCCAUAGACUCGGACAAGGUCGACGAGGAGAGUCUCCUGUACCAGACGCAGACUGUGUUUGGGCACCUGCUGGAGUCUCAGCUGGAGUACCACGUACCGGAGCGGUUCUGGCGCUGCUUCCGGCUAUGGGGAGCCCCCGUAAACGUCCGGGAGCAGCAGGACGCCUUCGAGUUCUUCAACCACCUGCUGGACCAGGUGGACGAGUACCUGGUCAAGAUUGGCUGUGACCCGCUCUUCAAGCCCUUUUACGAGGGCCUCUUCUCUGACCAAAAGAUCUGCCAGGGCUGCCCGCACAGGUACGAGCAGGAGGAGACGUUCCUGGCCCUCAACCUCCCGGUGAAGAGCCAGAGCCUGAAGGAGUCGCUCGACCAGUUUGUGAAGGGAGAGCUCCUGGAGGGAGACAACGCCUACCUGUGCGAAAAGUGUGGGGAGAAGCGCAACACAGUGAAGCGGACCUGCAUCAAGAGGCUGCCCCAGGUGCUCGUCAUCCAGCUCAAGCGGUUCGGCUUCGACUGGGAGGCCAACAGGGCCGUCAAGUUCGACUACCACUUCAAGUUCCCCUGGUCGCUGGACAUGUCUCCAUACACGUACCACGGGGUGAUGGAGAAGGAGGCCCACGGCCCAGCGGGGGACUCUGCGGACGAGGUGUUCCGGAGGCCCGGCCCGGCCCUCUACGACCUCACGGGCGUGGUGGUGCACAACGGGCAAGCCAGCGCGGGACACUACUACUCCUACAUACGGGAGCGAAGGAGUGAUCCACGGUACGCUUCGCGCAAGGGCGUCUGGUACAAGUUCAACGACACCACGGUGGAACAGUUCGAACUCAACGACGCCACCCUUGAGACGGAGUGUUUCGGCGGCACCUACAAGGCCAAGGUGUCCGACUCUGCGUCGUGCUACCCGGAGACGCGGCAGCGGCACUGGAACGCCUACCUCCUGUUCUACGAGAAGCAGGAGGACUCUCGGACUCCUCGGACGCCGCAUAAGGGCACUGGGCGCUUCUCGUUCCGCAGGGAAGGCAAGGACGCCACGCCGGUUGCGAAGUCGGCUGUGCGCCGGACGCCGAGCGCGGCGGCGGUGGCGGCGGCGGCCAGCAGCCGUCAGCGAGGGGACAGCCUGAGCCAGCUGACGCAGUUGGUGGACCACGGGGAGCGGCAGGGCUGGUUUCCUUCCUGCAUGCCCGCCCACAUUGGCCAGCUGGUGCGGGAGCAGAACCUGCUCUUCGUCCGCAACCGGGACCUCUAUAACUCCCACUACUUCGACUUCGUGGCCGCCCUGGCUUCCGUCAAUCUGGACAACCGGUUCCAUCCCGAGUACGAACGGCUGAUGGUGCAGAGUCUCAACUUGGCCGUCAACUUCUUCCUCAACACAUACCUCAAGUACAAGAAGAAAGACAGCGCCGUCAUUGUGGAGUGGGUGAACUGCAUCGAGACCAUCAUCUCCCAGAGCGAGGAGGCUGCAGCCUGGCUGCUUAAAUAUCUAGCAGAUGCAGGACCCAGCGUCAUCAAGCUCUACCUGUUGGAGUGUCCCAGCCGGGAGGUGAGGCACACCUUUGUGCAGAUCCUGGACAAGGCCUUCCUCUUCUCCCACAGACUCGAGAGGAGCGAGUUGGACGUGAAUCGGGUGCUGGGCCACUUGAUCAACUUUCUGGACCAAGAUGUGGCGGACAAUUGCUGGCAUUCCUCGCAGUACUUCUGCCUGCUCAGCGGCUACUCACGCCUGGGAGUGAGGGCUUGCGGCAACCUCUUCAAGCUGGACGCUUUCCAGAAGCUGCUGUCCUUCCUUCUGGGUCCCCUCAGCGCCAACAUGGACUGCGAGGACUCCUUUGGACGACGAUGGAGCCAUGCCCAGAUCCACGAGUUUGGACACCUGCACAGCACCCUGGUCAGCCUGGUCCUCUUCUGCGACCUGACCUCUCUGUACACGUGUGAGGCCCCGCCCCUGGUGACCCGCGAGGCCUUGGUGCGUCCGCCGGAUCUGCUGGAGCUGCCCGACGACGUCCGUAAGGCCUUGUGCGGUCCAGGCGCCUGGAGGUACAUCCGGGAGGUUGUCUCUGCCUGCAGAGAAACAUCAGGUCCCAUCGACAUGCUGGUCCACAUGCUGGUCCAGUGCAGCUUCUGCAACCAGCCCUUCAGCGAACUGGUCAUAAGGCUCGUCAUGACUCAGUACUCCUCGGUUCCCUCGAACGAACUCAAGAACCUGUCUCACCUGCUUCUCGAGAUGUUGAAGUUGGACGACUCGCUGCAGUACGCGCGGAUCAAGCUCGUCAUUGACGGUUCCCGGGAAAUCAGGGUGGAGUUCGACGGACUCCUGGAAAUCAUCAAGGCAAACCACACCAACGACAGCAGACGUUCGUACCAAGGAGUCAAGUUCCUGGUCACAAUGGCUCACAGGUACCCUCACGCCAAGGACUACCUCCUCCAAGCGCCCCCGACUUGGCAGUGGUCCGUGAACUGGCUCAAGCAGACCAUGUCUGAGUUCAACACCCAGUGGAGCAACACGGCCACUUCCAACGAGGACUCGAACACCAAGACCUUCCAGCGGACCAUUAGUGCUCAGGACACCCUGGCUGAAGCCACAGCCCUGCUGACGGAGCUGUCCUCUCCGGAAGCGGCGGAGCUCGGGAUGGAACUAGACCAGGACGACGGGGAAGACGAAGACGCUCGCCUGAAGCGGACGCGCGGCCUCGACGACGGACUGCACUACAUCGAGAUCGAACGGGAAUGACGGGAAAGUUCGAGGCAGUCAGUGGGGACGACGCAGAUCAAGAAAAACGCCGGAAGGAAACGUUCUCCCACCGACUACGGCAAAAACGCUGCGCUUCUUCCGACGUUACCGCGAGCUUAGCAUAGACCGAUCGGUCUCGGAAGGAAGGCUCUACGAGCGUCUCAGGGUGCUUCCGUGUCAACCGACGCGACAAGAACCACGUUUGCAAAUAUGCGGAGCGAAGUGGAGAAGCCAAAAAAGCCGAGGUGCUCCUUCCAAUCCAGUCUUUGCACGGACAACGCCGCAGCCGCGCUCGUCGCAGCGAGGCCAACCAAAAGUUCCUGCAGAGUUUUUUAUACGGACGCCUCGUGUGGGGUGCGAGAAAGUGUGUACGGUUGCCUGUGUGUGUGCGAAGGUAUCUCCAAGACGUGCAAAUGCUUUGUUUCCUCGUUGUUUCGUACCUGAACUUUUUUAAAGGUUUUUACGUGACAUCUAUAUGGCGAUCGGCGUGUGCCGGUCGCACGGAACAAGUCAGCGUCGUGGCAGUAUGCAAGGUCGGUAGAAUGUCGGAGACCUAGUGCAGUAGCGGUCGCUCAAGUCAACAUGCCGAGAACGUGCAGAGUCGCGAACAAAUGGAUGGAUGCAGAGGGAACCCGUACCAGUAGCAGGGUCUAUAGCAACUUUCUGAACAGUCUGCCUUUUGUUUCUUAGCUUAGUGCGAUUUUAAAUGCCGACAGUGCCUUGCAUCGGAACGACUGCGCAGUUUGCGUUGCCAUUUAGUGACUCUUUAAUUUCGGAAACAUGACAUGCGAAGCACUACAAAGAAUGUUGCUUCUGUGAUUUGGAAAUAUUUCAUACGAGCAAUUCUAAUACCAUUUAGUGUCCAUUAUAAACAAAAAUGCCGAGGAGUGUAUUAAGAAAAAAAGAAGUGGCGGUGUAUGCAAAGGCUAGAAGGUUGAGCAAUUGAGCAUAUGCUUUUUUUUCAUUCUCAGGAAAGGUUUUGUUGUAAAAGGAGUGGUCUAAUCAGUAUUGUGUGCCUGCCAAAACGUGAGCUCAGGCAUUUAAAAGAACAAAUGCCGACAAAGCUUUAACUCUCAAUAAAACUGUAUAUAAGU